AUGGUGGCGGCCUCCCCCGAGCACCUCCUCGGCGUCCUCUAUGGCUUCUCCAGCGGCGGCGCGGAGCUCCUCAAGGCACGGAGGGUCGACGCUGGCGCCCGCCCUGCUGUCGAAGCCGCGCACAAGUUCCUCGAAGGCCGUGAAAGUCAGCUUAAGGGCUACGAGCCCGUGGAAUCGCGCGGCGGCCUCGUCGCCCUCCGCCGCCCGUCGCCGCCCGGCCUCUCCCCGCCGCAGCCUUCCGAUCUUGUCGUGUGCAACCCCGUCACCGGGCAGCACGUAUCCCUGCCACGCCCGUCCACCUGGGACGAAUCUUUCGUGCUCCUCCCCGACGGCGGCGGCGACUUCCGCUUGCACGUCGUGAACCUCGAGCUGGCGGACGCCGGGAUGCUUCAGCUUCAGACCUUCACGUCCUCGUCCGUGGAGCCGUCCAAGAGUGCGUGGGGCGCCGUCGUGGCAACCUACGCGCACCUGCCCUUGGGCGCUCCGAGCAGGUUCCUUCGUCCAUCGGCGCUCGUCCUCGACGGCGUCGCGUACUGGCUCUGCAAGUCCGAGUCGGAGUGCCUCGGCUACCACGUCCUCGCGCUCCCCCUCGACGGACAGCGGCAGCCGGCGCCGAUCAAGCUCGCGGACAAAGUUCUACAGAGACCAGAACAUGACAAGGCGCGCGGGUUCGACGCCGACGACCUCCUCCUAACGUCGACGAUGGUGAACGGGAAGCGGCGGCUGACCCUGGCCGUGGUGAAAAAUAUCACAAUAUCUCUGUGGACACUGGAGGACGACCAGGUGAAGCCAGCUAGGUGGACGCGGCACAAGUUCUUCGACAUGUGGAAGAUCAUGGUGGAUCGCGGAUGCCCGGCGCCAUGGCGGGAGGAGGGAGACAAGCUGGCGCUGGAGUGCUUCUCGGAGGCGAGCGGCAGUCUGCUCCUCCACUUCUACCUUCGCAUGCUGUACAAGCUCGAUCUCAAGACCGGCGAGGUGGAGACCGGCGAGGUGGAGCUGUUCGGGGUCUACUGCAAGCGGGGCUCGAGCAACAUGUGCGAGUAUGAGAUUAGUUAG